AUAAAAUGGUGAGAGGGUGCAAUUGCAUUUAUUGUAUCUAAACUUAACUUAGACAAUUACAUUCUUUUUCCUUUUUUUUUUCUCCUGCUGUCUUUCUUUUUAUGUGUUGGCAUUUGGACACUGACCUCAUAAAAUAUAUGCAGCAAGUUAAUUAUUUUUCAACGUUUUUUCCUCUGAAUUUUAUUGAGCCCACACAGAUAUUAAAAGCUCUAGGAGACAAGUAAAAGUUCACUCUUUUUCACCCGGGAUGCAGGAACGAAGGAACUGAGGAGGGUGUUUUGGAAAAUGCAUAGGAAAACUUUAGAAUCUUAGCUGACUUUUUGAAAGAAGCCUCAUCUUUGCAACCUCUCGAUUGGAAUCUACACCAUCUGCCCUACGGGAUCCUACUUUUUCACCACUUCGUUCAAACUCACUUUUGUCAACAUGAACACAUCAGAGCCCACCUGCCCUGUAAAUUCCACCAUCUGCGUCGGCAGGUCCUGCCUGGUGCCCCGGGAUACGUUCAAUGAUAUCCUCGGCUUGGUGAUGAGCACUACGCUUACCAUCAUGCUGGCCAUGGUCAUGUUUUCAAUGGGCUGCACUGUUGAGGCAAAAAAGCUCUGGAUGCACAUCCGCAGGCCCUGGGGCAUUAUCAUAGGUUUUCUGUGCCAGUUUGGCAUCAUGCCUUUCUCAGCUUUUGCACUUUCGCUGAUUUUCGACGUACUUCCAGUUCAGGCUAUAGUCAUCAUCAUCAUGGGCUGUUGCCCUGGAGGUUCCAGCUCCAAUGUUUUCUGCUACUGGCUUGAUGGAGACAUGGACCUAAGCAUCAGCAUGACAGCAUGUUCUUCGAUUCUGGCUCUGGGAAUGAUGCCUCUUUGUCUGGUCAUCUACACCUCGACCUGGGUUUCAGGCGAUACUAUCAAGAUCCCUUACGACAGCAUUGGAAUCACACUAGUGGGUUUACUUGUGCCUAUUGGUCUUGGGAUGUUAGUGAAACACAAGUGGCCCAAAGCAGCCAAAAAGAUCCUCAAGGUGGGAUCCGUGGUAGGAAUCAUCCUCAUCAUCGUCAUUGCAGUUGUAGGUGGUGUGCUGUAUAAGUCCUCAUGGGUCAUUGCUCCUUCGCUUUGGAUCAUCGGUACCAUUUAUCCAUUUGUUGGCUUUGGUCUGGGCUUUCUCCUGGCACGCAUUGUGGGACAACCUUGGUACAGGUGCCGCACCAUCGCUUUAGAAACAGGCAUGCAGAACGCCCAGCUGGCCAGUACUAUUGUCCAGCUGUCCUUCACUCCUGCAGAGCUUGAGCUCAUGUUCGCUUUCCCCUUAAUCUACAGUAUCUUCCAGCUGGUUGUGGCUGGAAUUGCAAUAGGACUCCAUCAAGCAAUAAAGCGCUGUAGGGGAGGGACAUCGUCAAAGGAGGAUGAGGAAGCCAGACAGCGCGCCGUUGAGGAUCAGGAUAAGCAGAGUUAUGCCUUGGACAAUGGUGGCUUUCACAGUGAUGAGAAUGGCAACACUGAGAAUAAGAACAAAGGUACACAGUUGUGAGCUAAUCAUCUUUCUGUUCGCCCGUGUGACUAGAGGCAUCAACACUGACCAUCUGGAGGCACUGAAUUUUAAACAAGCUAUUCAAGCUCAACGCAAGAGUGUAGCAUUAAACUCAACCCCAGUCGAGACAAACGGAUGCACAUUCCUGCAUUAUAAAAACAGACUAAGAAGGCAUUUAAACAUGUUUUUACGAUGAGUCUGCCCACAGGUUUACUAACACAAAGCUGUUUUUUGUCUGUGUAUUGUGUGUUUUGUCUUUGGUCUGCAACUUUCAAAUAAUAUACCUUAUAUUCAGCAUAUUUACUGAAAUACACUGACUCUUCUCAAAUCCCCUACAAAUGCUAAUUCCAGCACCGAUGUAAUAAACAAGUGAAACAUUUAAUAAUUUAAGAAAACAUACAGUACAUAUGUCAAGUAGGUAGUUAUUUAAAUGUUACUUUGUAUAAUUAUAUAAUUGUAUAAUUGUUUUGCUUUUUAAAUUAUUUAUGAUACAGAAAAUGUAUACUUAUAUUGUAAGCUUUUUUUUCCAUGUUUGAGCAGUGGGUCUUUUCCACAUAUAUGGCGAGCAACGCAAUGGGGAUUUCUUUUUUUAAAGCAUUUAAUUGCUUUAAAAUUUUACAUUUAAACAUUAAGGUUAACAUUGCUCACAAGCUCUCAAAACUUUUAGAUAGUCAUUUCAUGCAGUGUGUUUUACUUUUUAUUUUGUUGGUGAUAUUUAUAUGCAAAACACCAUAAAUAAAAAAUGAAU